AUGGAACUUCAUCAAGUUCUACACAUGAAAGGAGGAGAUGACAGUUCAAGCUACGCAAAAAACUCAGUAUUUCAGAAAACAGUAGCAAUGAAGUCAAGACACAUUCUUGAAAGGAACAUCAAAGAUUUAUGCAAAGGAAUUAACGUGAAAAAAUUAAUAGAUGGGAAGUGCUGGAUAAGGAUAGCUGAAUUGGGAUGUGGAUCUGGACCCAAUACAUUGUCCACCAACCAAGGUAUCAUAGAAAUCUUUGACAAGGAAUUGUACCCUAAUAAUAACCUUGAUAAUAAUUUUAGGGUUGAGGUCGAUGAGCCAGCAUUACCUUCCGUUGAGAUAUUACUGAAUGAUCUGGUAAACAACGAUUUCAACUUGAUCUUCAAGUCACUCCCUAAACUCUACGAACAACUUGAGAAGCAUGAACGCCGCCGACUGCCCGGAACAUGCUUUGUUACCGCCGUGCCCGGUUCAUUUCACGGGAGGCUAUUUCCGGACAACUCCAUCCACUUCUUCCACUCAUGUCAAAGCCUCCAUUGGUUGUCUCAGGUUCCAGCCAAACUAAUGACUGAGGACGGUUUAUCACUUAAUAAAGGAAACAUUCUCAUAGGGGAGACUAGUCCUCCGGCAGUUCAUGAUGCAUAUUUGGAACAAUUUAAAUCCGAUUUCACGACAUUUUUGCGGGUGCGUUCGAUAGAGUUGGUGUCGCAAGGAAGAAUGUUCUUCAUCUUAUCCUCGGACACCCCUGGAGAUGUCUGCUAUCUGAACCCGACACUGAAUGAUAUGGUGAAGGAAGGAAUGAUUGAAGAGAAAGCUUUGGAUGCCUUCAAUCUUCCAAUGUAUAAACCGACUCUGGAGGAAAUGAGGUGGAUCAUCGAGGAAGAAGGCUCGUUUGAAGUGAAUCGAAUCGAAACGAUUCGAUGGAACAAAGAUGAUGAUAUUAAGAACGUGGAUCCAAGUUCCCUAAGGGAAUUGCAUGCGAGGUCCGUAAGAGCUGCGUUUGGGAGCUUAAUUGGGAGCCAUUUUGGGGAUGGCAUUUUGGAUGAUCUCUUUUGCCGAUUCUCAAAGAACAUAUCUCAAUGUGCCGAGAAUUUCACCUGGAUGCAUCAUAGUUUGGCUGUUUCCCUUGUUAAAAAGGAUUAG